AUGUCUCCCGCAAUUCACUCUCUUAGGUUGGGAAUUCUACGGCUGUUGUUCUUGUAUCUAUCAUUGUUUCACUUUGCACCAGCUUUUGGAGCAGUCCUCACUCCAGCGACUAGAAAUGCGCUCUUCCCCCGCCACGAUCUCGCCAAGCGAGUGAAGCAACCGUUUCCAUCGUUUCCAGAUACCUACGAAGGCCGUGUUCAAAAGGGCCAGUACCUAAAGGAUCUCCUCCCACUGAGUCCUACUCAAGCGCAAGAAUUCAAUGGCGGUGUCACAGUUGCCAGCCCAUUCCAAAACUCGAAUGAGAUGAUUAGGUGGGGAUGGUCGCCCACCCCCAAUCCCUACCCGUACAUGAUGAGCAGCCACCGGCCUGCAUUCAAGGACGCUCUCGACGAAGCAUUCAAAGACCCGGAUUAUCCUGUCCAUCCAACGCUAAACAUGGUUUGGCAUGUUCUUCACGAUCGCCCGUUCAGGCUAGCGAACGGUCAAUUGGGACAGCCAACACUUGGGAAGUAUUCCAACGUGGUCAACCCAGAGGACGGCACGUUCAUUUUCGAUUCAAACUUCAGUCCUUCUUGGGCUAAAAAGGAGAUAGGGCGUGGAGACGUUCCAGACCUGGAUACCGUGUCCGACAUUGCCUACUUUCAGUGGAAAGACGGCUGUUCAGCUAAAGGCUCUGACAUUAAGGGUCUAAAGAUCGUCUUCCGAUCACAUAUUCUCAACGAUAAGACUUUCCAGAUUGUCGUGGAAGCUUUACGUAGAGGAGGGCACCCGAAGAUCCCUACCUGGAACGAGCGUAUUACGUUUUCAAUGGACACUGAGGAGGGCUUUGCAAUUCUUGGGAGUGUUCAUGGGGCCUCUACGGCCUGGAUGCUCAUUCAGCACAAAGAAGAACUGGGCAUGAAGAACAUUAAGGAAGUGGUAAUAUGGGCGUCAUACGCAAGCUUAGACUUGACCGGGAACUCGACUUUGAAACCGGACCAGGCUCACCUGAACUUGAGGUUUACAAUCGUAGACGCUUAG